GCUCAUAUCGAACAUCAGCUGAUUGUGGGAGAAAUUUUUAAUAUUCGCAGUUUUAAAAACAAUUGUAAUUAAUGAUCGACGCGGAGGCACUGGAAAGCGAGAGGGUCAAGCUGAAGCGGGAUGUUGCGGAGCUGCGGGCCACCCUCAACAGAAAGGAGCAAUGUCUACGCGAACUGGAGGCAGCCAUAGCCGCCGGUGAGGAUAGCGAUGAGGCGGAGGAGACGACGUCCAAUGACAUGGCCACACACAUAGAGACCCAACUCUCCAACGACGACAUAGCCCGAUAUAGCCGACAGUUGAUCCUCCAGGACUUUGGAGUGCAGGGCCAGUUGAAGCUGAAGAACAGCUCCGUGCUGAUUGUGGGUAUGGGAGGAUUGGGCUGUCCGGCCGCCCAGUACCUGGUGGCAGCCGGAUGCGGACAUCUGGGACUCAUCGACUACGACGAGGUGGAACGCAGCAACCUGCAUCGACAGAUCCUGCACUCGGAGCACCGCUGCGGCAUGUCGAAAGCAGAGUCCGCAAGGAUUGCGCUGCUGGAACUGAAUUCGCACUGUCAGAUCCGCUGCCACUCGCGGCUGAUCAACAGCAUCAAUGCCAUGCACAUUAUACGGUCGUAUGAUGUGGUUCUGGACUGCAGUGACAAUGUGGCCACGCGUUACCUGCUAAACGAUGCCUGUGUGAUGCUGCGCAAGCCCCUGGUCUCUGGUAGUGCGCUCAAGAUGGACGGACAACUGACCGUGUAUGGCUAUGGGCAGGGUCCUUGCUACCGGUGCAUCUAUCCGGUACCGCCGCCACCCGAAGCGGUCACCAAUUGCGGCGAUGGCGGCGUUCUGGGCGCCGUCACAGGAAUCAUUGGCGCCAUGCAGGCCCUGGAGGCCAUUAAGGUGAUAAUCGGCUUGGGCGAUGUGAUGUCUGGGCGUCUGCUCAUCUUCGAUGGCAGCAGCUGCAUGUUCCGCAAUAUCCGGAUACGCACCAAACGACCCAACUGUCACGUGUGCUCUGCCCAGCCCCUAAUCACGGAACUAAUCGACUACGAGAUGUUCUGCGGAAUGCAUGCCACUGACAAAGACAAUCCCCUGGACCUACUGGAGCCGGAUCAGCGUCUGGAGGUCAGGGAAUACCAUCAGACGCUACAGAAGCAGCCACAUCUGCUGCUCGAUGUGCGGCCGCCGGCAGAGUUCGAGAUUUGCCAGCUGCCCAGGUCCAUCAAUGUGCCAUUGAGUGAAAUCCUAGACGACAGCUACCUAAAACGCUUCACCAAACAGCUGGAGGACAAAGAGUUUCCCAUUAUUCUGCUCUGUAGGCGUGGCAACGAUUCACAGAUCGCUGUUCAGCAUAUUAGAAAUCGAUUUCCCGCACAUUCCAUUCGGGAUCUGGUUGGAGGACUGCAUGCGUGGACAGGCAGUGUGGACGCUACUUUUCCUAUUUACUAAUCCCAAGGACUACAUGCAUUGCACAUAUAUUUUGUUCCCGAUUGAAGUGUACAGUUUUCCCCCUAUUUUUCCACUUAUUGUUGGUAUAAAUAAAUAAAAGACAAGCUUAAAUAUGUAAAUUG